UCGUGUGUUUUGUUUUGUAUAUUAUUGUGACAGAAUUCUGGGUACUCUCUAAAUACGACGUUUUGUUGGGACACAAACCGCUAUAGAAGUUAUAUAAACUAUAUAUAUGUGUAUAUGGUUAUUACUACUAUUAUUAUUAUUAUAGAGGACGUUAACGAAUCAACACGAAGACGUACCGUCACAUUGGCAUAAAAUACCCGCGUUGUUGUGGGACACACUAGGGACCGUUUAGGAUCCCACAUCAUGUCCCACUUUGGUUUCAGAGCAUCACCAAGUAGUCAGCAAACAACAGUACCACAACCAAUUCGUAGCUCAACACCAUCCUCACCACCAAUUCCACCAACAGGUGCCAGCAACAAUAACAACAACACAAGCACUAACAAUAACAUGGCCGUAUCAAGUAAUAUUGUUCCACCACCAGCAGCUGGUAGUCCUCAAGGAACAGCUUCUAAUGCAUCACAACCUCCACCAUCAUCAGCAAAUGUACCUCCAACGACACCAACAAGAUGUUGUGAUAGUGGUCGACCCAUAUUUACAGAUCCAAUGACUGGACAAAGUGUCUGUUCAUGUCAAUAUGAUCUGUUGGGCUAUGGACGUUUAGCUGCAGCCGGUAUUGGUAUACCAGCCGCAUUAUCUAUGUACAGUGCACCAUAUCCAGAAGGUAUGGCACCAUAUUUUCCAGCGUUAGGCGCGGAUCAAGCACCAUUUUAUACACCAGGGGCAGCGGGAUUAGAACUAAAAGAAAAUUUAGCGGCUGGUGCAACAUGGCCUUAUCCUUCAAUGUAUCAUCCGUAUGAUGCAGCAUUUGCUGGUUAUCCUUUUAAUGGAUACGGUAUGGACUUAAAUGGAACGAGACGAAAAAAUGCUACGCGAGAAACAACGAGUACAUUAAAAGCAUGGUUAAAUGAACAUAAGAAGAAUCCAUAUCCAACCAAAGGUGAAAAGAUUAUGUUAGCAAUAGUGACAAAAAUGACACUAACUCAAGUUUCAACAUGGUUUGCAAAUGCAAGACGAAGGCUGAAAAAAGAAAAUAAAAUGACAUGGGAACCAAGAAAUCGUGUAGAAGAUGAAGAUAAUAAUAACGACGAUGAUGAUCGGAAAAGUACUGAUGGAAAGGAUAUAUUAGAUUCAAAAGAUUCGGGUACAGCAUCUAGUGAAGAUGGUGAUCGACCGCCACGAGGUGGCAGUGAAUGGAGUGGAUCACGACCUGAUAGUCCUGAAUUAAUGUAUGAUCGACCACCACAUCAUCAUCCUGCCUUCCUUCCUCCACAGGGUACAUCACCGCCGAGAUUAUCGGCCCCCACAUCUGCCGGAACGGGUAAACCUAGAAUAUGGUCACUGGCUGACAUGGCUAGUAAAGAAAGUGAAUCUUCACCACAAACAGUAGGAUCCGCAUUUUAUUCCACAGCAGCUAGUCGUUUAGUACCACCACCAGGUUUCACCGCACGAUUACCCCCACCUGGUAUGCCACCAUACGUACGUCCACAUGAUUUUUAUAGAAGUAUAUAUGGUGCAGCGCCAGGAGGUAGUACUGGCCCUCCAGAUGUAGCCCUCUUAGAGAGCUAUACACGUUCGUUAGGUGCAGCGGCUACAUCGUCAGGAGGUCCUCCUCACCCAUUUCAAAUACAAUUAGGACCAAGUGCACCAUCACCGAGUGCAUCAUCAUCUAGUGAUGGUACAGAUGGACCUUUAGCAGCAGCAAAUAAUAAACCAAUAGCGUUAAAUAAAGCUUGACCAAAUCUACCAAAUCGGGUGACAACAUUGGCACAUUGGCCAUGAAAAUUUCUACCUCCUGUGUGUUAGUGAAUUGUAAAUAUUAUAUAUAAAGAAAAUUCUUAUUGUUUUGUUGUAAGAUUGUGUGCGGGAUGAAAAAUUUUUAUUUAAAAUACAACAAAGAAAAAAAGAAACUUUAACAGAACCCUAUACUUUUGUUGUGUAUUGUACUUGUACAGUAAAUGUG